UCUGGCAACCUCGCGUGAUCGUAUUCCGCAAGCAGCAGCCAUAGGUAGGCGCGUGUGUUUUUGUAUUUGCAUCGCGGUGCACCGUGGGCCGGGCGAAAGCCAAUAUGGCAGCAGCCGUGUUUGGCGAACGCGUUUCGAGUGUGUGCUCUAGCUCAGACCGCAUAAAUGGCUCGACCUAAGCGCACAGUAAGUUCUCCCACUGUGAUCUCCUAGCUCGCACAAUUCAACGGCCGCACGAUCGUCGCUGGGUGAUGUCCGUCUGACGAGACACGACACGCAAGAUUCUCGAAAGAAGGAAAAAAGUGUCUCGUGCACCCUGUCACGCUCAGCAUCUCCGAUCACACGGUGAAAAGAUAAUCGUUGGACGUCGGUGUUCCGCCGUGAUACUGUGUUUAUCAUCGACCCGUCUGCGACCGGGAAGGCUUUAAAAGGAUUGCUCAGCGAUGUCAACUAAGAGGGACAAGGAUACGAUGAAUGAGGAUAGCAGCAGUGAUGAGGACGAAGAUCCUGAUAAUAUGGGUGUACCUGGUGGUGGAAAAGAUCUUGCCACUGCUACCGGGAUCGCAAACAUCAAAGACGAGAAGCCUGAUGUAUCGUCAUUGAAUGUUAUGAACAAAGGACAAGGGGCAUUGAACAUGCUGAAUCAAAAGUUUGGUAACAAGAUCCCGGGUGGAUUGGUGACUAAAACUGCAGCGCCUGGCUAUGAAAUGGUACGCGUAGGAGGAUCACAGGGUACACCACCUGGUUUUAUGAAUGCCAACCAGUUAGGUCAAUUAAGUCAGUUAGCCGCUGCUGGUGGAGCUUACUUCCCACCGGGGCUGGCAUCUCUUGCCGGUUUCAAUCCUGCAGCCUUUUUUCCACCGAGCAUGGAUAUGAGCUUAAUGAGUGGUUUUAUGGGUAUGCCUGGAAUGAACAUGGGCGUUAAUCCUCUUAUGCAAUUGCUAAAUCAAAAUGGUUUACACCCAAAUUGGGCAGCUGGGCUGUCAGGCAAAGCUGUAUCUCAAAUGUGGAUGAACGCUGGAGACCCUGCUAAAAUGAACAUGCAACCACCUAUACCCGAAGAGGAGGAAGUAGACGACGAAGAUAUGGGCGUCGCAGAAACUUACGCCGACUACAUGCCCACUAAACUUAAACUGGGGCGAAAGCAUCCAGAUCCUGUCGUGGAGACCGCGUCGUUGUCCAGUGUCGAGCCGACGGACGUUUGGUACAAGGUAUCCAUACCGGAGGAGACGAUACGAACGGGAGCGUUGUCCGCGUUGCAACUUGAAUCGAUAACGUACGCGUCACAGCAACACGAGCAUCUGCUACCAGACGGUACGCGGGCCGGUUUCCUGAUCGGCGACGGGGCAGGAGUCGGAAAAGGACGGACAAUAGCUGGUAUCAUAUUCGAGAAUUACUUGAAAGGCCGGAAACGUGCAAUUUGGGUCUCCGUCUCGAACGAUCUCAAAUACGACGCUGAACGCGACUUGAACGAUAUCGGCGCUUCGAAGAUCGAGGUUCACGCGCUGAAUAAAUUUAAAUACGCGAAGAUCUCCUCGGCGGUGAACGGGAACGUGAAGAAGGGCGUGAUAUUCAGUACGUACUCGGCUCUGAUCGGUGAGUCAUCCCAGAGCGGAGGAAAGUACAAAAGCCGAUUGAAACAGCUGUUGCAGUGGUGUGGCGAAGACUUCGACGGGUUGAUCAUCUUCGAUGAGUGUCAUCGAGCGAAGAAUUUGUGCCCUACGGGUAGCUCUAAACCUACCAAAACUGGCUUGACGGUGUUGGAGCUACAGAACAAGCUACCUAAGGCAAGAGUAGUAUAUGCCAGUGCCACAGGUGCUUCCGAGCCUCGUAACAUGGCCUACAUGGUACGAUUAGGAAUGUGGGGUGAGGGGACACCGUUUCCCGAAUUCAACGACUUUAUCACCGCUGUGGAGAAGCGAGGUGUCGGCGCAAUGGAAAUCGUCGCGAUGGACAUGAAACUGCGAGGCAUGUACAUCGCUCGGCAGCUCAGUUUUCAUGGUGUAGCUUUUAAAAUAGAGGAAGUGCCGUUGUCCAAAGAGUUCACCCAGGUCUACGAUCAUUCUGUUCAACUCUGGGUCGAAGCGAUGCAGAGGUUUCAAGAGGCAGCGGAAUUACUGGACGCGGAGAAUCGUAUGAAGAAGACUAUGUGGGGACAGUUUUGGUCGUCUCAUCAACGUUUCUUCAAGUAUCUGUGUAUCGCUGCUAAGGUGAAACACGCCGUGGCGGUUGCGCGUGAGGCCGUGAAAUGUGGAAAAUGCGUGGUCAUCGGUCUUCAGUCCACCGGUGAAGCUCGCACAUUGGAGCAGUUGGAACGAGACGAUGGCGAGCUCAGCGAUUUCGUUUCCACAGCAAAAGGUGUGCUUCAAACGCUGGUGGAAAAGCAUUUUCCGGCGUCGGAUCGCAAUCACAUACACCGAGUUCUAGGUAUCGAACCUUCGAAAAUGCAAAGGCUAGACGAUUACGAUGACAUCGACGGUGCCGGAGGUUCCGCCGGUGGUAGCAAGAGGAAACCGAUACGGCAAGCAGCUCAACGAGCUUCGAAGAGGGUACGCACAUUCCCAUCCGACGAGGAUUUCACCGACGACGAAAGAAACGGAGGGCACAGCUCAGGUUCGGAGUAUAAGCAGACCGGUAGCGAGAGCGAGGAUGACCACAAAUCCGACGAGGAAGAGAACAUCACUUCCGACUCCUCCUUUAAUUACAGCGAAUCAGAUUCUGACUCGGGCGAUGGUAGACGAAAGAAAAAAGGAGCUAGGAAGCAAAAGAAACCAGUGAAGAAACGAGCAGACGUAUUAAUGAAAUCUGCAGGACCCGUAAAUGCUAAUGUGGCGCGCAAUCGAGCGCCGUCGAGGGACGCUGUGGAACGCGCCUACAUAAUGAAGAAGGGAUUAUUAUCGCAGGUGGAAGAAUUGGGUGAACAUUUGCCGCCGAAUACUUUAGAUCAACUGAUCGACGAAUUUGGUGGCCCGGAGAACGUAGCCGAAAUGACUGGCAGAAAGGGGAGAGUCGUUCAAACUGAAGAUGGGACGAUUCAGUACGAAUCUAGGUCCGAGGUGGACGUCCCGUUAGAAACGCUUAAUUUAACGGAGAAACAAAGAUUUAUGGACGGUGAAAAAACGGUGGCAAUUAUCUCGGAAGCAGCCAGUAGCGGUAUUUCGCUACAGAGCGAUAGACGAGCGAGGAAUCAGAUGCGACGAGUACAUAUUACCCUCGAAUUACCGUGGAGCGCUGACAGAGCGAUACAGCAGUUCGGACGAACGCAUCGUUCCAAUCAAGUCAACGCUCCGGAGUAUAUAUUCCUGAUCUCGGAUCUGGCUGGCGAACGACGGUUCGCGUCGAUCGUCGCGAAACGUCUUGAGAGCCUCGGGGCUCUUACACACGGCGACAGAAGAGCCACAGAAACCAGGGAUCUCUCACAGUUCAACAUCGAUAACAAAUACGGUCGCGCCGCGCUCGAAGCUACGAUGAGGACGAUAAUGAAGUAUGAACCUCCUCUUGUACCACCGCCACAAGAUUACCGUGGAGAUUUUUUUAAAGACGUGGCCGAUGCGUUAGUGGGCGUCGGUUUGAUCUGCAAUAGCGAGAGCACGCCCGGGGUACUCACAUUGGACAAAGACUACAACAACAUGUCGAAGUUCUUGAAUCGUAUCCUCGGCAUGCCGGUCGAUCUGCAGAAUCGCCUGUUUAAAUACUUCACCGACACGUUGAACGCGAUUGUCACGCAAGCGAAGAAGACCGGUCGCUUCGACAUGGGUAUACUCGACCUCGGUACAUCCGGGGAGAACGUAAAGAGGGUCAAACUCUAUCGUUUCCUACGCAAACACGCGACCGGGAAAGCGCCCACCGAGCUCCACGUCGUACACGUUGAGCGUGGAAUGAGUUGGGCCGAAGCGUUGGACAAGUGCUCCGAAUUAACGGGAUCCAAGGAAGGAUUCUACUUGAGCCAUCAAAUCCGCAAUGGAAAGCAAACGGCAAUUCUAGCAGUUGUCGUCGAUACUGGAAAAAAGAAGUCUGAGAGCAAGAUGCAUCAGCUGUACAUGGUUUACAGGCCGAAUACAGGAUUACAAUUGAGACAGGAAACUCUGGCCGAAUUAGAGAAGAAAUAUAAAAGGGUAUCGUCCGAUGAAGCGGAACCGCACUGGUCGCAGCAAUACGAAGCAUCGAAGGAUACGUGUUCGCACGCGUACUGGCGUGGUAAUUGUAAAAACGCGACGCUUGGCAUGGACUGCGAAGUUGGCCUCCGAAGGCGUACGUAUAACGUCCUAUCAGGCUCGGUGUUGAGCGUUUGGAGUCGAGUGGAGAGCAUCCUCGCGACACGUUCUGCUCACAACUCAAAGAUGCAAGUAGUGCGUUUACGUACUGACGAAGGUUUGAAAAUAGUCGGCACUCUUAUUCCAAAGUCCUGCAUGGAGAUACUGCGUCAAGAAUUAACAUCUGAUGCAGAGAAUACCGAAGAACUUACAUUUUGAACACUUAAUUCGCUUUUAUAGGACCAAAAAGAAGCGAUCUGUACGAAUAUAACUUGGACAAAUCCCUCUUCCUAAGUCUUGCGACAAAAUUCGAUAACGAAGGGGGUGCAUUUUGUGAGCAGGUCUGUAAAAGAAGAUUGAUAUGGAUGUAUCAAACAGAUUCGGAUGAUUCUAUCGAUCUACGUUUAAUCUAUCUUGUCUGGCAAUGUGACAAGAAUGAGUCGAAUAAGUGGUACGAACUUCAUGAGAUCCGAACUUAUCUUUUCGUUAAGCUCCGACGUUGUUAUUUUAUAAGUUCUUCUGCUCAUCCGUAACUUCUCGAUCAUAUAGGAAACGCUAUCAACACGCUAAAACACAAUGUUUCUUUUCAUUUUACAAUUUUAGUUGUAGACUACGCUCUCGUUUAGUUGGGCGUUACUUGAAACGAUUCUUAUUAUUUUUCAUUCAUCUGUUUCUUUCAUAGAAUCCAAGGAAAACGGAAUCAUUCAAUCGAUAGCAAAUUUCGUGUUUCGAAAACGAAUAUUGGAUCGUAUAAAAUGAAGUUGAUUCUCGUUUCUUUUAUUUUACUUCUCUCCAUUGCGCUACGAACUUGAAAUCGAUCUGAGGUAACUUUACGAGUGUUAUGAAAAACGUGUUUUCAUGGAUGUGAAUUACGGAGGGAAGCGAUAUUCUUAUUAGGGAAACGCUAUAUAGACAUUCGUACUAUUUAAAGAACCGUAUUUUACGCUAAUUCAUAUCCUGAAGAAUUUAAGCCACUCCGAUGAGAGUCGAUUGUAUAAAACUUUAGCGAUAGGGAACGGGGUUCGCUUACUUGCAUCUACAUAUAUAUUGUGACUGAUUAGCGGAAAUGGAGGUAAACCGAACUCGCGGAAGAAAAGAUAUAAAGUAGCAUUAGUACUAUAUAUAAAAAAACAGGAAGCGACAGUGCAAACAACGAUCGACUCUCACUGGAAACAGGCGCAGAUGUAUACGCAACUGUUCCCACACUUUUUCGUUUGAUCGUUGAAUUGAUCGGAUAGUUCAUUAACGACCAUUGCUACUGCUAAUAUCAUUACACUUACCGCUAUUAUUAUUAGUAUUAGUAAUCCCACUUGCAAAGCUACUAUUACUAUUAAAGGGAAUGAUGGGACGAGGUAUCAAACGACUAUCUGAUUCUAUAAGCUUUAAGUUGAAACCGAUGUUCAUCAUUCAUGGAACAAGUGCCAAGGUAGCAUAAUUCUUCUCGGUUUAUAUAAAUCCUCGGUUUUACAAUUUAGUGAUUUGUCGUUCAUCGUGUGGCGCGACACGACUGUGUAACAACCGGAGAAUUUGGAAAACCUCGUGCAGGUACAUGAAAAGCCACCUCGUCUCCCGAUAUUCUCUAUUUAUAAGUAGUAGGCAUUAAAAAAAAAGUUAGAUUCGAACGAUACGUACGGCAGUAUAUUUAUAUUCAGAAACCAUAAAGUAGUCAUGCGGAUCGCAUGUAUAUUGAGUAGAUGAUGUCUGUUGUUUGUUUGUACGCCUGGACGAGUUUCGAUAGAGUGCUAAGUAAGAUGGAUCUCACGAUCGACUGUCUAACGAUGGAAAGAACAGUGACAAAAGGAAAGAUUCAGUUUUAAAAAGGAGUAACAUGAUAAAUAGGGUAUUCCGAAGCAAACGAAAUAGAACGAGUUCUUAGUAGAAUCUCCAUUACAUAAAAAUGAAAACCAGAUACAGAUCGUCACGUAACAAGUCAAGCUUUCACGCUGCGUAACUGUAAAUUAUUAUUGUGUAUACCUUCAUUUUCUCACGAAUCUAAAUCGUUUUUUAUGUAUAACACAGGAUAAAGAAAUACUACGUUUCUACGGAUACACUAUAUAUUGCAUUUAUAAACAAAAGCUAAGAAAACGAGGAGGAAUGUAAAAAUGUUUGCGUAGCGUAAGAUACUUUCUCAUUGCGUUUGUAUAAUUUUCUGUGAAAUUCGAAUAGAACGAAGAAGAUCGAAUUAAAUUAUUUAUUAAUACACGUAUUAUAUUACGGAGAUUAAUUCGUUCGAUUAAACGGUUUACUCGUUAUUUACUUAUUGUCAUUUACGUGACACAUAAUAAUAUAUUCAUUUUUUAUUGAUAUGCUACAGGAAUUCGGAUUUUAUCGUUUCACUUUAAAUGUGGAGAUUCUCGAUCGAAGGAAAAUCAAUCGGUGAAACUUUUAGCUGAUGAACACGCAAAUUGAGACGUAUUGAAAGUGGUUUGUGAUUAGAACGAAACAUUUUCAAAGUGUAAAUAUAUAUAUUAAAGAAUAUAAAACAGUUUUAGGUCA